GGCGACCCGGGAGGAGGCAAGGAGAUGAGUGUCUGGCGAGCGCAAGCCCGAGCUCGAGCAGCGCGCCCCCGAGUGCGGUGGAAGGGGUUGAGGGGCGCGCGCGCGCGCUUGUGGAGUGGCGAGAGCGAGCCGGUGGGAGGGGGUUGAGAGGAGAGGAAAAGGAGGAAUAAGUUGAAGAGCGGGGGGGGGGGGCGGUUGGAGAGGGAGGGGGAGGAGGAGAGCACGGGCGCGCGCGCCUUGCGUGCUUGCGCGCUGGAACCCCGGACCUAGGAGGAGGGAGCGCGCGCUCGCCUUGAUCCUUGGGAGCUGCAGCUGCUGUUGCAGCAGAGCGGAGCGCCUGUUAGGAUCUUGGGCAGCAAGCAGGUGUGAAGGGGACAUUGUUAAUUGCUGGGAAGUCUGUUCAUCUAAUAACCAACAGCACAGCAUACCAACCAACAAAGCAUAAUGGACUUCAAAAGUGUUUCACUUUAGAUUGGUAGAUGGCGGGGAUAUGCUACAGGUGAUGGAAUCUCUCUGCAGCAUUAGUGAGAUGCCUGAAGCCAAGGUUGCCACUACAGUGCAAAGGAGAAAGAUUGCUUCUGGCAAAAGGAGAAGACUUGGCUGCAGAAAGCUUUCCGAUGUCACUGCAGAUUUCAGCUAAGGCAAGAGAAAUCUCUCCUCGUCCUGAAAUUGAACAGAAACCUCCCUUUGUAAUGCUAGCCAUUCACGACAGAGGAACUGGACCUAGCUAAACAGGUGCUGCUGUGGUUGCAUCAUCCAACAUGACCAAUCCCCAGCCUCCUAUAGAAGCUGGAGUUUCAGAAGUUGAAAUAAUUUCACAACAAAUAGAAGAGGAGACCAAAAGCAUUGCGCCUGUACAGCUCGUUAAUUUUGCUUAUCGGGAUUUGCCACUAGCUGCACUAGAUCUAUCUGUAGCAGGUUCCCAGCUCUUGUCAAAUUUGGAUGAGGAGUACCAAAGAGAAGGAUCUAACUGGCUUAAACCGUGCUGUGGGAGGCGAGCAGCUGUGUGGCAGGUAUUUUUGCUCAGUGCAAGUCUCAACAGUUUCCUGGUAGCCUGUGUAGUAUUGGUCGUGAUUCUUCUGACUCUGGAACUCCUAAUAGAUAUAAAGCUUCUCCAGUUUUCAAGUGCAUCACAGUUUGCUGGAGUUAUUCACUGGAUCAGUCUAGUUAUCCUCUCUGUGUUCUUUUCAGAGACUGUUUUGAGAAUUGUGGUUCUCGGUAUAUGGGACUACAUUGAAAACAAAAUAGAGGUAUUUGAUGGUGCUGUGAUAAUCUUAUCCUUGGCUCCUAUGGUGGCAUCUACAGUGGCUAAUGGUCCAAGCAGUCCAUGGGAUGCUAUCAGCCUUAUUAUCACUCUGAGAAUUUGGAGAGUUAAGAGAAUUAUUGAUGCUUAUGUAUUGCCAGUGAAGGUCGAGAUGGAGAUGGUAAUUCAGCAAUAUGAGAAGGCAAAGGUCAUUCAAGAUGAGCAGCUGGAAAGACUAACCCAGAUCUGUCAAGAACAAGGGUUUGAAAUUCGGCAACUGAGGGCGCACCUGGCUCAGCAAGAUCUGGACUUGGCUGCUGAGAGAGAAGCUGCCCUACAGGUCCCACACAUGCUGAACAAACAGAGCAGCAACAGAUACAAAGUUGUAUCUGCUGGGGGAGAUUCUGACGACGAGGCUACCGAGAACAUCACUGAAUUGCGACCGCCUCGAGAAGCCAUGGUCAAAGAUGAUAUGAACAACUACAUCAGUCAGUACUACAAUGAGCCUAGCAGUGACAGCGGUGUCCCUGAAGCUGCCAUUUGCGUCAUCACAACAGCAGCCAUUGAUGUGCACCAGCCCAACAUCUCCUCGGACCUCUUCACGGUGGAGGUGCCGAUGAAGAUCAUGGGAAGCAGCGGGACGUCCACCAGUGUCGCAUCCGGCAGUGCCUCCAGAUCUACAGACAGCUCCGUCACCAGAGCCCAGAGUGACAGCAGCCAGACAUUUGGCUCUUCCACAGACUGCAGUACGACCCGGGAGGAGUCCUCUGAGUAUUGCCCCUUGGAGAGGGCCCACAAUGUAGCCAAAUGCGAUCAGGUAGAUUCUUCUGCCCACAGGGUCAACAACGCUGUGGUUCAAGAGCUCCUGUCAUCUUUGUCAGAUGAUUCUUGUUUGACGCAAAAAGGACUGGAUCCCGUCAAUCUUAAACUGCCAAGUCCAGCAGGGUCCACCAACGCCAGCCCUGAACUAGAGCACCGAGUGAAUAUUUACAACAAAAAGAAUCAAGAAAGCUUUGGUGUGUUUCAGAUAAAGCCAGUGAUCCACUUCCAGCAAAAUGCACCAGUGAUUGACAAGUACAAGUCUUUGGAAUCCAAAGAGCAAAAGUUAAACAAGGUCCCAGAUUCAUAGUCUAUUUGCUGCCAUGGGGGUAAACUCAAGGAAAUACUUCACAAGGGAAACAUUCUAAAGCUUUAAUGGGGCCCUGAGAACCAUCCCUGGGUGGGUAUUUUGCGUGAAUUGGAAUGAGUUGAAUAUUCAUUUUUUAAAAAAUGCAUGAGUUGUGAGAGCCAGCACGAAAACUUGACAUUUCUAUCAUCAGAAGUCCUCAGGCUUCACCACCCCCCAAAUGAAGGGGGGGACCACUCUGUUAAAACAAUGACCUCAAAGAUGUAUAGAUUCUUAAUGUGUGUGUUUUUUUAAAAAAAGAAAAAAGGCAUACAGAAAAUCCUAAAAUUUUUACGGAACUCAUGAACAAUCUUCUAUCAGGUCAGGUUUCAGCAGGGUAUGGUUCAAGCAGAUGUAAACUUCUCUCCUUCUACGAUUUCUUACAGUUUUUCUUUGUACAUGACAGCUGUGAACCCCUUUGUAUAAAUAUGGCAAUUAUUUUUGUUCUUCCUGGGGAGAAAAACAAAACAAAACAUUUUUCAAGGAGCACUUUGAAUGAUGCAGAUCAAAGAAAUAAAAAGUGUUAUCUCUUUUUAUUUUUAGCAUGAACUUUGGAAAAAAAAUAUUUUGACAAAAAUAAAAGUUGUCGCCUCUAAGACAACAGAGUGCAAAUGGA